ACCUAGCAACCAAAGCUCAAAACCCUCAUAAGAAGGGGUUUAAGAUCCCCAGUAGUUGUGAAUCAAAAACUAAAGCUGUAAAAACAAUGGCGAGAGGAGCACUUCUUCAUUUGGUUCGGUCUCAAGCUCCCCAUCUCAAGUCCAGGCACUUGCACUCAGCUUGUCGAUUGGGCAGACCUGGAAUCUUGUCACAGGUCUAUGGUGCUAGAACUGAAACUAGUUAUGUGACACAGCCAGCUGCGGUCCAUAAAAGAUGGCUAGCUGAAUCCUCUGCAUCACAAGGAGACAGCAAGAUCAGUAUUGGUCCUCGUAAAGGGGUAGAAGAUGGGAAUGAUGAAAAGGACUCUGGUAUUGUCUACUAUGGUCCCAUCUCAAGCACUAUCAAGAAAGUGAAGCUUCUUUCCCUUUCAACCUGUUGCCUCUCUGUAUCUUUAGGUCCUGUCAUUACUUUCAUGACAUCUCCUGACAUGAACGUGAUACUGAAGGGUGCUGUUGCAUCUUCUGUUAUAUUUAUAAGUGCAACUACUACUGCUGUCCUUCACUGGUUUGUAAGCCCUUACAUUCACAAACUCAAGUGGAAGCCAGGUUCAGAUACCUUUGAAGUGGAGAUGAUGUCUUGGUUGGCAACUUUUAUUCCCAAGACCAUUAAGUUUGCAGAUAUCAAGCCACCUCAGACAAACAGACCCUUCGUGACAUUCAAAGCCGAUGGAAACUUCUAUUUCGUUGAUACUGAGCAUUGUCACAAUAAAGCACUGUUGGCAAAGUUGACACCACAGAAACCGUCUUAUGAAUCAGCUUUCAAGAACUUGUGAUGGAAAUUUCCUUGCGGGAAUAAUUUGAAGUUUAGCUUGUUAAAGGUAUUGUAUAACAUUUUGGAUGAGCAAUGUCAAUGCUUGGAUAUGUAACCAGUUUUCUGCUCUUCUUUCGUAUUUCUUUUUUGGUAGUGCUAGAAAAGAGGGGAAAAGAGAGGGCGGGUGAAGCGUGGUGAAUCCACACAUUCUGUUUGAAACAUCAAAUAAUUUAUUCAAAGAUAUAUGCCUUGCCAGAAUGCAGAAUGUAUUUAGAUAAUUAACCGUGAUGUAUUUCUGCCAGUAGCUGCUGGCUGAUUCACGAACUCUCUGUCAAAACGCUCUCAGGGAAAAGUAACAUCAAAGUCAUUUCAA